AUGGCGCAUAGUAUGCGUCUCGUCUCCAUCUACCGCGACGACAUUGUGUUCCGGGACCCCCGCAACAGCUUCCAGGGCAUUGGCAACUACAAAACCAUCUUCUGGUCCCUUCGCUUCCACGGCCGCAUCUUCUUCACAAAGCUGUACGUGGACGUGAAGCGCAUCUGGCAGACCGAGGACGGCUGCAUCCGCAUGCGCUGGACGGUGCACGGUAUCCCGCGCGUACCAUGGGAGGCGGAGGGCGUGUUUGACGGGAUAUCGCAGUACAAGCUCGACCGCGAGGGGAAGAUCUACGAGCAUGCGGUCGACAACGUCAUCCUGCGCGACCCGCCGGUCGGCGUGCUGCCGUGGCUCUGGAGCAUCAGCCUGCAGCCGCAGCGGCAGCAGGCGGUGCCGGGGGCAUUCUUCGAGCCUGGCGCCCUGGACGCCGGCGCCGCGGCGCGCGUGCACGCGCACGCGCACGGGGCGGCGGUGGGCGAUGAUCAGGGGCGGGGGCGUGCGCAGCGACGUGCCAGCGCGGUGGCGGGCGAGGGCGGCGACGGCGGCUGCAGCAACAACGCCCGCAGCCCGAAGCAGCAGCAGCAACAGCAGCAGGCACCGCAUCAUCAACAGCAGCAGCCGGGGUGGUGGUCAGCGCUGCUCGUACGGUUCAGCUGGGUCAGGUUUUACGCCGCCCUGAUCGCCACCAUGCAGUUGCUGCAGCAGCAGCAGGAGCGGCUGCGGCUGCGGCCGGCGGCGAUGCAGCAAGUGUGCACGGAGCGCUCCUGA